CGCCUCACUCCCCUCAGUGGCUGCGGGUCCACACCCUCUGGUUCGCGCCCGCUAGGGGACCGUGUGUCCCCACACCACUCACUGCCCCGUCCCCUGCCACCCCUCUAAAAUGUCUAAUAGUCUGCAGAGCGCCUUUCUGAAAACCGCAGAGGAAAUCUCAGGCUCAGGCUCGCAUUGUGUUUCAGGCUGCAUGUACCAAGUAGUUCAGAUGGUUGGCACGGAUGGAAAAAAUCUUCUGAAAUUACUUCCAAUCCCUAAAUCAUCUGGAAAUUUUACCCCAGUAGUUCAAUCUCCAGUGGUAUCUGAUGCUUUGAAAAGGAAUACAGGAAAACCAGUUCAAGUUACUUUUCAAGCUCAGAUUUCCAGCUCUUCCACAAGUGCAUCUGUUCAAUUGCCCAUUUUUCAGCCAGCUGAUACUACAAAAUGUAUUCUUACAGAAACAAUAGAUACACCAGGAAAAGGUGGCAUUACUUCAGUGGGGACUGGAAGUUUUAUACCACCAGUUUCUAAAGUUGAAAGUCAUGAUGUGAAAAUUGAUGGACUCAAUAUGCAAACAUUUGCUAUUCCUCCCUCAACACAAGAUGAUUCAUCUCACUUUGUAGUCAGUACCCCAAGUCUUCCAGUGAAUGUGAAUUCUCCAGUCUUGCCUCCUGGACCUCAUUUACAGAUUCCAGUCCAUGCUGAAGUGAAAUCUAUACCUGAAUUAACUUUGUCUCCUUCAGUUCGGCAAAAUAUACAUGCAACUACAACCAGAAGUCCCUCAGGAAAUGUUGAGGCCUCCCAAAUACCAACAGUUAUUUAUGUAUCUCCUGCAAAUAAAGUGACAAAUAGAGUUACCAAGAGCUUUCAGAAAAUUUACCCCAAACCGGUGAUAUUAAAUACCGCGAAAAUCCCACCGAAUGUUGCUACAGAGACACAGUUAAAAAGUGGUCAGCAUUCUGACACUGCUCAAAUGAAAAUAAUUUUUCAAGAGAGUCUGCAGACUGGUAUUCCAUCCCUUGUUCCAGUUAAGUCAUCAAAUAAUGUGGAUUCAAAGAUUUCAAAAACUUUUAUAGGUAGGAAAAAAUUGAGAGAUAAUACUAUAAAUACACCUCCGUUGAAUACCAUCAGUUCUAAUGGGACACAAUCCAUAAGUGUGCCUAUUAAAGAUAACACUUUGGUAAUGCUUAAUGGGAAAGUCUAUCUGUUGACUAAAGAGGGGACACAUGGUCUGCCAUCACAAAAUGACCACCCGAAUUCUGUUUCUUCUGGUAAUCCACUAAGAAAAGAUUCAUCGCAGGUAGUAAGUUCAAGUCCAGGGACAGAAAUAUCCAAAGAGUUAAAUAGUGCUUUCAUUCAAAGUAAAUCUUGCCAGUUGGAGACAAAAUCACUUUCAAAUUCCCAGCUUGCUUCCUUGACCAGUCUAAGAGCAGAGAAGAAUGAAACAGUGGCAAGACCAUCUUUUUCUAUGGCAAGCCCACAUACUGUGAACCAAUCCAGUAACUACCAUAAACAGAGUAAGACUGUAUUUACAGACCCAGUUGGAUUUAGGACAGUUCAGAAUGCCCCCAGAAAAGGAAAUCUCAUCCAAAGCAUAGAGAAAAUAUGUUCCUCUGUUGAUGCAGCAACUGUUACUUCACAACAGUGUGUUUUCAGAGACCAAGAAUUACAGACCCAGUGUGAGAUGGCAUCGAUGUUAAAAAAAAAUACUGAAGAAAGAAAUAAGAAAUAUUCUGAAGGAAGUAAUACUAAGGCAUCAUAUCUGAAGAGUGAUGCUGAACUUAAAAAGCUAUUUGGUCUCACUAAAGAUUUGAGAGUGGGUCUUACUCGCAUUCCUGACUAUCUGGGUUCUAGAAAAGGUUCUGAUUCCGUUAGCAGUUUGAUGAAGAGUAGCUCUUACAAAGAUGCAGAGUUUGUGGUGAAGGAAGAAGAAAUAAAACAGAGUUUUUCUAAGAAAAGAAGAGCAAAAAAUAUUAAGAAGAUGGAAUACACAAAAAGGAGAAAAAUUAAGAGGGCUAGUGACACAGUCAUGAAUGGAACAGAUGUUGCCAGUUCCCAACUCCUUAGUAUUUUACCCACAUCAGAAGUACCGCAACAUAACAUUGUCACAAGCCAUAGCACAACCAGGGAAGACAAGAGAACUGAGGUAGAACAUUGCUCCCAUGAGAAGCAGGACAAAGGCACAUUAAGUUCAAGUGUAUCUUUUGAACAGAGUAAUUGUUUUAAUAAAAGCUACACUGAAGACAUUUUUCUAGUGACACCACCAGAAUUAGAAGAAACCAUCAGAGAUGAAAAAAUAAGAAGACUUAAGCAGAUUGUAAAAGAGAAAGAAGCAGCUCUUGAAGAAAUGCGUAAGAAGAUGCACCAAAAACAGUAAAAUGUCUAGGAUUUAAAGACUUGUACUACUACAGUAGUUCUCUCUCACCUGCUGGGGAUACAGUCAAGACCCCCCCCCCCCGCCCCAGUGAAUACCUGAACUGGAGAUGAUACCAAAUUCUGUAUUCUGUAUACAAAUGAUGUAAAAUCUUGAUGUUUAUUCUGAUAACUCAACAUCUGCUUUAGAUAAUAACAAGAAAGUAGGAUAUGCACUUCAGAUACACUCAAUGAAGAGGAUAAUUGAUAUCCUGAAUAGGACACUGAAAUUUUUUGUCAUGCUACUCAGAAUGGCAUAUAAUUUAAGAGUUAUGAAUUCCUCCUUUCUGGAGUUUCUCAUUGAUAUUUUGGACAGCAGAUUAUCAUGGGCGUCAGAAAACAGAAGAGGCAACUGCAGGUUACAGAGGAUUACUGUUAUUUAUAAAGGCACUCUGAAAGUGUCUUUGUAUAUAAAACUUGAGUACAGAAAAGGUUGAGUCAUUUGACUCAUUGAAAAUCUAUAUGACAUAUUUUGACUCACUUGUUUUGGAAGAAAAUUUUUGGUAUUUUUCUGUGAAAUGAAAUUCCCCAAGUUUGAAUAUUUUGUACAAAAUUUCUGUUAAUGUUAUAUCUUCUACUAAAUUCCUCAGGUCUUACACUAACAAAUAUUGUGUACUAAAAGUCUACAAUCCAAGAUAGUCAGCUGUAAGCUUAACUUUACCAUUGAGUUUCUAUGUGUACUGUCUUGAUCUUCUUACCUAUAAAAAUGAUACAACCUA